GGGGUACCGACGGAGUCAUUUAGAACGACAAAGCGGCAAUUUUCAUUUGCAUUUUUUUAAGUGUUGUGCAACGAUUUCGGCAAAAAUUUCACUACGGAUAGUCUUCUAGAGUCUAGUAGAAUACAUUUCAUUCAUUGCGUGGCCGUUAUCCUUACUCGGACCCACAAAACAAAUGGAAAAUGCGAUACUGGCUAACAUCAAGGAGCAAAGCAGAUGUUUGUCUUGCUAUCAAAAGAAAUUGCAGCAAGUCUGACAACGCAGCAUAGAGACUGGUUUUUGACAGCUGUCUGUGCAACGUUUACCUUAUCCUUCGAAAGAAAAGUCAUAUCGGUGAUCGACGACGUGUAAAAACAGAGAGACAGGUGUGCAAAAACAUGAAAAUGACCACUUUUCGCCAUUCGACUGGCUGAAGCAAACCCCAAAACUCGCUUUUCAAGACGAUCCCGUACCGGGCCAUGGUUUCCUGAAAGCUGGUGUUCGAGAAUCAACAACGAUCUGUGAUAGAACCACCGGAACGGAGAGGAAAAUCAGCGCGAACACAACCGCCGUAUCAGAAAAGCGUUGAAUGUGAAAAGGGGGUCCAGUUGACGGGAUGUUGUACGGUAAGCUGCGGAUCCACACCUGUCGGGUGAUCCUUUUGACGUCGCUGGUCUGGUUCCUCAUCGACGUAGUCAUCCUGUCUUUCUAUUCGGAAUGUUUGGGGGGCUCCUGUAGAACCAAAGAGGAACGCUCGGAGGCUGAGGCGCUCAAAGGGAUUGUAGCGGGCUACGACGAGGCCGAAAGGGCCCCGCAGGGAGCUCCGAUAAGGAGCGCGUCAUCUCGCUCCGGUUCAUCGUCUUCCCUCUCGUCUUCGUCUGAGCCUUUGCUCCUGGGCAAAGUCUCCCCCACGUACAAACCAUCAAAUUUGCGUCGAUGGCGACCCGCGCCCCCUGUUCUGCCGGUACCCGGCCGCCCAGGCGAAAGGGGCCGCCCUGUAAAGCUGCCGCCCAGCAAAGAAGCGCAGGCCAAGGAGAAAUUCAAGCUGAACCAAUUCAACGUCAUGGCCAGCGAUUCCAUAUCGCUGAAUAGGUCGCUGCAGGAUGUUAGGCUGGAAGGAUGCAAGGACAAGAAAUAUCCGCCAUUACUGCCGACUACCUCGAUAGUGAUCGUGUUCCACAACGAGGCUUGGUCGACGUUGUUGCGCACAGUGUGGAGUGCGAUCAACCGGUCGCCGAGACCUUUGCUGAAAGAGAUCAUUCUCGUCGAUGAUGCUAGCGAAAGAGAUUACCUUGGUAAACAACUGGAAGAAUACGUGUCGAAGUUGCCAGUGCCGACGUACGUGUAUCGCACCGAAAAAAGGUCCGGUCUUAUUAGAGCGAGAUUGUUGGGUGCGAAACACGUAACAGGUCAGGUGAUCACUUUCCUGGACGCGCAUUGCGAAUGCACCGAAGGAUGGUUGGAACCGCUUUUGGCGAGGAUCGCCGAGGAUCGCGGCACCGUCGUCUGCCCGAUCAUCGACGUCAUUUCCGAUGACACGUUCGAGUACAUCACCGCAUCGGACAUGACGUGGGGAGGAUUCAACUGGAAACUUAACUUCAGAUGGUAUCGUGUGCCGCAGCGCGAGAUGGACCGUCGGAAAAGCGACCGAACGGCCCCCUUGAGGACCCCGACGAUGGCCGGCGGUCUCUUCUCGAUAGACAAAGAAUUUUUCUACGAAAUCGGUUCGUACGACGAAGGCAUGGACAUCUGGGGAGGGGAGAAUCUAGAAAUGAGCUUCAGGGUAUGGAUGUGCGGUGGUCGUUUGGAGAUCGCCACCUGCAGUCGCGUCGGGCACGUCUUCAGAAAGUCGACGCCUUACUCGUUCCCCGGCGGCACUUCACGCAUCGUCAACAAGAACAACGCUCGCCUCGCUGAAGUGUGGCUCGACCAAUGGAAGGAGUUUUACUAUAACAUCAAUCCAGGAGCAAGGAGCGUUGCAGUAGGCGAUAUUUCUUCAAGAUUGGCAUUAAGAGACAGGCUGCAAUGCAAAUCUUUCAGGUGGUAUCUGGAAAAUAUCUAUCCUGAAUCUCAAAUGCCGCUAGAUUACUACUAUCUAGGAGAUAUCCGAAACGUGGAGACGCGCAAUUGUCUGGACACGAUGGGCAGGAAAAGUGGCGAACGUUUGGGCAUGACGUAUUGUCACAAGUUGGGCGGCAAUCAAGUGUUCGCGUACACGAAACGACAGCAGAUCAUGUCGGACGACAACUGCCUUGACGCGACUAGUCCAAACGGGCCUGUCAACCUGGUCAGGUGUCACGGAAUGGGGGGCAACCAGGCGUGGACGUACGACGCUGCCUUUAAAACGAUAAAGCACGUGAACACCGGCAGCUGCCUGACGCGUCCUGAUUCGAGCGACACGAAUCUGCCGCUGCUGAGGCCGUGCGAUUAUAGCGAAGGCCAACAAUGGAUCAUGGACAGCGACUUCAAAUGGCAGGCGAAAGGACACGAGAACGAUCUGCAGGUCAGCUAGAAGGUCAACGUUACGCGAGGUCUAUGAACGAGUAUACGUUUCAUCGCUGAUGUUGCUGGCUGGGAAACAAUUGUCGACUGAUGCACACACGAUUCGAGCUCUUAUUAUUGCAAUAAUCUUAUCUAGGUUAAUUUCGACGUUGUGUCUCGACCCAAAAUUGGAACUGAUGAUAAUGAUUUUGGAUUGCACGAUUCAUCAGUGACAAUGUUUCCCGUUUCGCAUAUUUUCUAUUGGUGCAAUUUCGUGAUAUUUCUGUGUCGUACGACAUAAUAGUUUUCAUUAGUAACUGCGCGACAACGAGUAAAAUACUUGGAAUUGAGGUGUGAAAUGUGGAACACGAACGCGGUACAAAUGAGGGCUGUUCGUCUGUAAGGCGCAUCGAUAAUCGCAAAAACGUUGUUAUUUAUUUGUAUGUGUGUGCGGUGUAGGUUUACUUUUAUGGACAGGAAGAAAAGACGGAUCGGGAUAUUUCAAUUCAAAUGAUGAAAAUGCAAUAUUUUUUCUUGUUUAACUCGAAAACGAAGUGAGCUAUGAAAAAAAAUUCAAGAAGCAAAGAAGUUGUAUUUUUAGAUGCGUAAUCGAACAAAAAAUAUUAAAGUUGCAGUGGCUUACAUUUUUUUGCGAAUAAUAUUCGCUAAGGUGAAAACCGAGUAAAUAUUUUUUAAGAUAUUAUAAAAAAAUGAAAAUCACCAUGUAUCUUCUAAAUUCUGCAUUCCCGGACCCAUGUUUAAUAGAAGGUUUUUUUUAAAUUCUUUUAAAUAAGGAAUCAUCCCAAAAUAUCUCCAUCUAUUUUUCGAACACGCUGUAUAAAUAUGUUACAGUUAUUUUUGUACACACUUGUGUACGGUAUAUUUAAUUUGUAAUUUUCGUUAAAAUCGUCUUUAAUAUCCUAGUGCUAGUUUUUCAAGGAUUGAGUGGUGGAAUAGCUCGUAGCUAAACUUCGCCCUAAAUAAAAGUCGUUUAUUAUUAUACAGGGUGAGUUCGAAGUCGAGUCAUUUAUUUUAACAGUGAGUAGAUCUGAUCAAAAGAAAUGUUUUUUUCCUUUACCAUUUUUCUGGUAAAAUUAAAGUAACAACGUUAUAGCCCUUUGGAAGUUUGAGUACCGCCCUGUCUCAAUAAUAAUAUUAUGUGCUCGUGUCUGGCAACAACGGAUAUAAUCCGCCUUAUCGGUUCAUCGCAUCGGAAACAAAAAAGCGAAAGAAUUUGGAACGAUGUUUUUACAAUUAUUUUAUUCAGUUGUAUACAGUCAGUGUCAGUCGGUAACGCGUGAGUGAAUAGUGGUGUCUGUUGCGUGGCUCAAACGAAAUAAAAAAUGGCACAUGUUUAUGCGGAUCGGUUUCCCAAUCGAGUGCAACCAACCCCUCGUGCCUUUGUUAAUGUAGUACAACGGGCUCGUGAAUCAGGUGACUUAAGACCUCACAGGAGAGGGCAUGCCGGUGCUCCAAGACCUCACGAUCAAAUACAGGUCCGCACUGAAAUACUUGUCGGGAGGAUACUUUAUAAAACAAGGUAACAUUUUUAUUUUAUUUUUUUAUUUUUACACACAUUUUGGUUUAUCUUCCUUCUACAAUCAUUAUCUGAAAAUUAAUGACUCAACUUCAAAGUCACCCUGUAUGUAAUCGAACGAAAAGGAUAUAGAAUGCUGCUCCAAAGAGGCAGGUGAAAAAAAGAGGAGUGCAUGCGACCGUAAACGAAUGCGUUUCUUCAUUAGUGCUGAUCCGUUUUUCCUUUCUGCCAGAAUCCACAGAAUGCUGACGGAUUUAAAUUUAACAAUAGUAAUUUCGACUAAUAAUGGAUCGUUUGCAGAUAUAUAGCAUUUAUAUUUUUGUAUCUAUGUACUAUUUAUUUGAACGAAUUUAUCACCUUGCGAGCAUUCCAAUUUAAGUGUAUUCUUUUUUAUGAUUAACGGUGUUUUAAGGAGACUAAACUAAAUGUUCUUCCUAAGACUCACGGGAGGCGUGCCGUACGUUUCGGACUUUUGCUUACUCGUUUGGAAAAUUGGAGACAAUCGGCGCACGCUUUUUUAGGUGUAAAUGGUUAUAAAUUGAAAAAUUGAUUUUUGAAAUUACGAAUGUCAUUUAUGCGGUAUGUGAACCCGUGAGCGCGAUCUGCAAAGAAUAAACUGACUGCCAUUUGUAAAUAUAGGCUAAAAAAUGGAGACCAAUAUGGCGAUUUCAAUAUUGAUAAAGAUAGUUACUUAUAUCGUUAUUUUAUAUCAUUGAAUCGAAGUAGAUAGUUAGCAUAAAAUGGCCUUUCAGCCCUUUUUGUUUCCUCGUACCUUAAGAUGGAUGAGGUGGUACGAUAAUUGAAUAUUUCAUGCUGGUUUUUCACGUCGUUUCAAAAACGCUGCAGUGUCUUCCAUCUUGCUACAAAAAAGGUCAUUUGCCAAAACGUGCGAUUAGAUUUUUUCGCAAAUUUUAAUUCAUAUUUUGUUUUUUUAUUCUGCAGCUAAGUCCUCUGCAAUACACUAAUGGAAAAAAAUGCGAUUUUUUGAAUUUCCUUAUUUCAGUAAAAAAUUGUCUUGUUGAGAAUAACGUUUUAAAGCUUCAGAUGUCCUGUUUUUGGAUCUUGAAGUCAAAAUAUUUUUGAAGUUCAACGUUCCACGCAAUACCAGAAAAUACUGUAAAGAAUUUUUUUUUAUAAUUGACAUCUUAAGAACCCAAGACCUUCGAGAAAAUCUAAGCGUGGUUUUAGACGCUGGAAUGGAUUCUUUAAUUCAAUGAUUAUUUACAACACACAAUUUUUCUUCAGCCUUCAUAUAGGCUGGAACAAAUCAGAAAAAAUGAGUCAUUUAUGGUCUUUUUAGAAAACCAACCCUGUAAAAUUUCACAUUUAUCUGCUAGAUGUUUUUCUAUCGUAAACAAGUCUCGUAAAAAUAAAAGAUCAGCAACAAAGUGCUAAUAAAAACUGUAAAAUGAAAAACGAUCUUUGUGAGUUUUUUAUAAAGCGCUCAAAUUUAUGGAAAAAAUCUUUUUAAAAAAUUUCAACACUUUGUGACCAAAAUAUGCGAAAGUCUCAAUAACUUUUUUUUCGGGUCCAUGAACUUAAAUAAAAAAUAAAGAAUAUUGCAAUUUUUUUCUUCACACAAUUUCUUAGGCUUCCAGGGAACUUACACCUCCAAAAAUUGUUUAACUACAACUGUACAUUCGGAGCUUAAAAAUAUUUUUUUACAAUCUCAAUACGACAAUUUCUUACUGAAAUAAAAGAAUCGGUAAAAAUUUACAACUUUUCUUUGAUUCUUAAAUUUUUUCCAUCAGUGUAGGUAGUAUUAGAUUGUUCGGAAACAUCUUCUAUCUCAGCUUUAACAAAAGUUUAUUAAUCAAAAUAAAAACCAUUAGAAUCAGUGCACUUUUGCCAACGAGGCUUUUACAGGGUCUGUUGGGCGUUGUCGUGGAGGGGAAUUUUGGCCUCUUCAUAUUGGGCACAUAAUCGGAGCUUCUGAUGCAUUUCGUCGAUUUGCUGGCAGUACUUCUAAGCCAUAAUCGUUUCGCCCGGAUUUAGAAAGCUGUUGUGGAUGAGACCGGCUGCAGACCACCCCAAACAGUCACCAUAACCUUCUUCGGAUGGAGUUUCGGCUUCGGGAAGUGUUGUGAAGCCUAUUGUAGAGAAUCCACUUUUCAUCACAUGUCACAUUCUGUUCGUAGAACAAGGGCAGACGCCACCUCAAAACGACGAUUUUUCUGAUUCGUGCGGUGUCCAUUUAUCGAGCUUUUUUCAUUUUCCGUUUCAAGUGGUCGGAAACGGUCUUGAUACCGACACCAAGCUCGUCAUUUAAAAUACGAAUAACAAACACCGCAAGAAGUUUCCGAACAACCUGAUACAAAUCCACGUUCUUUUACGAAUUCUGAAAACAAGAAUCGUGACCUAAUUUUGAAGAACAUUGUAUUUUGCUUAACGUUGACAUUAGUAUCGUCGGAAAAUAGAUUGCUUUUAUUGAGAAACCAGAUGAAUGUGUGAUUGUGUGGCAUAUGAAAAUGACACAGCAUUUAUUAGUACUGUAGUACUGAAAUCAUAUCAUGAGAUACAUUCUUUGUAUAUUUAGCGAUGAUAUUUGCCUUAUUUUUUUUAUUACGGUAUAUGUUUAACAAGUUACAUGAUAUAGACAAUCCCUAUACGGAAAAUUCAUUGAUUUAGACAUUCCAAAACGAUACUGCGGAAACUCAUGUGACUAACAAAUAAAACGAAGGAAUUGUUCGAUUUUAGUAAAGAACUGGGUAUUAGCGCUUAGGAUAUUUUAAAAUUGAAGAAGGUAGCUUCUUUUUUUAUACAUAUCGAUGGCGCAUUUUACUUAAUCCUUCAUAGAACACCAAACAAAUAUGCAGAAAAUUUGACAUUUAAUACGAUAUUUUGAAACAUAUUCUAGUAUAUGCUCUGCUUCUAUCAAAGUUUAUAGUUACUCAAAUAUCACUUACUUGUUAGUUCUUCAAUUUCUUCGGUGCUUAUUGUUUUCCUAUAAGCAACAUAAUUGUAAUUGAAUUUAUUUGGUGUACUGUGAAACUAUUUUCUAGCAACUUCAAACUAAAAUAUCGAUCAAUUUACAUGUUAAAUAGCAAUUGUUAAUUUUGCAUGAAAAAACGUUCCUGAACUGUACCCCAAAGUAAUAAUUACACAGUCCAACAAAAAUUUUACCCAUAAAAAUCUCAAUUCGCUCUACUUUCCGAAAUACCUUAACCUGAAUAAUUUCAAUUCACUUUCCUUUUCAAAUGCCAUUUCCAUAUAAAAAAAAACUUUCUUCUGAUAAAUCUGAACAUUAAUCAUAUAUAGCAGUGAAGUUCAGGAAUUUGAUAAUGACAAAAGUCGAAGGCUUCUGAAAAAAGAAUAUACAUAAUCUGAAAUAUAGGCUAAAAUCACUGUUUUUACUCAUUCAGGUCAAGAUAUCUCGGAAAUUAGAGCCAGUUAGCCAGUAAGAGUGAGACUUUGUCGGCCUGUGCUAUCUAUAAAUAGCGAUUGACCGAUAUUUUUUGUAGUAUUUUUUACUUACAAAUUUGUUCAUAGGGCGGAUAUUUUUUUAUAACGAUCGGUAGAGGGCGUUUUAACACAUUUUCGCAAAUACGAUUCUGAUCCAAUUGCCUAACAUUUAUCCAUAUAUUUGCGUGAAUAAUUGCCUAGAUACGCCCUGUACAAUAUUGUAUAUAGUUGUUCUAGCUAGCUAACGAUGAAAUACUUUGUGUAUAGUUUUUUUAGAGAAAAAACAUAUCGUACAAUCAGAUACAAUUUGUUCUAAUGUUGUUAAUUGCUUGUAGUUUUUUUUUGUAUAUAAAACGGUUGAAAUGGUGCGCGGUGAUUCAUCGAUGAGUUGUUAAUAAAAAUAAUUCACUAUUUGCAAAAUAAGAAAUCAUAAAAUUCUUUACAGGAAUAGACAGCCAAAUGUUUGAGCUUUUUGGAUCCAAAUCGUGUAAAAUAUGAAUAUGAUUAACAACCUUUUGAUGAAUGGAAAUGUUUGACCUUUUUUUCUUUGUUUUGAUUUAUAUUACGAGGCUAGGUGGUGGGGUGCAAUCUAGCUCUUUCUUUCAUAAGGUGAGCAAAAAAUAUAAAAAAUGCAGAUGAGAUUCUUUGUACUGGUUAUCUAUUUUGUCCGAGUUACAAUUUGGAAUAAAUUCGAUUUUAUUUGCUAUGUUUUUUAAAUAAACGAAUAACAUUCUGA